AUGGGUUUGGUCUCGAUUGUGAUUUGCUUCGCUCUCGUCGUCAGUUUUCAGUCGCCAACUUAUGGGUUUGAUCCGUUGGAUCCGAAUGGGAACAUUACCAUCAGAUGGGAUGUCUUGCAAGUGAAUGACGAUACACAAGAUUUACUGUUCUGUAAUCAUUUGUUCUUUGUUCUGAUCAUACGUAGAUGCAAAAUUUUGCAGGUAAAAGUCAACAUCUUCAAUUACCAGCUCUUCCGGCACAUCGAACAUCCCGGCUGGAAGCUAAGCUGGACAUGGCCGGGCGACGAGGCGAUUUGGAACAUCGUUGGGGCGGAAGCCACGGAGCAAGGCGAUUGCUCGGCGUUCAGAGGCCGGCAAGUUCCCCACUGCUGCGAGAAAAAACCGGUGAUCAUCGACCUCAUGCCCGGAGCCCCCUUCAACAAGCAGGUCGCCAACUGCUGCAAGGGCGGGGUGCUCUCGUCCUUAACCCAACGUCCCGACAAUUUCGGCGCCGCCUUCCAGAUGAGCGUCGGCUCCGCCGCCGUUCAUUCGGGGAACGUGACGAUGCCGGUAGACUUCACUCUGGGGCUCACUGGGUAUUCCUGUGGAGACCCCUUCAAGGUCCCGCCGAGCAAGUUCUCCGAGGACAACGGCCGCCGGCGGACUCAAGCUCUUGCGACGUACAAUGUGAUAUGUUCGUACUCCCAGUUUCGAGCGGCGACUACGCCGACAUGCUGCGUUUCCUUGUCGGCGUUCUACAAUGAGAGCAUUGUCCCAUGCCCGAUGUGCAGCUGCGGCUGCCAGGGACUGUCCGGACCAAAAUGCGUCAAGCCUGGUGAUUCUCCGGCGGUGUUGCAGCUACCCCACGAAGCUCCGGCGCCGCUGGUGCGGUGUACCCGCCACAUGUGCCCAAUAAGAGUGCAUUGGCAUGUGAAACUGAACUACAGGGAGUACUGGCGGGUCAAAAUCACAGUGACCAAUCUGAAUUACGCACAGAACUACAGCCAAUGGAACUUGGUGGUGUUGCAUCCCAGUCUGCAUACUGUGAGUCAAGUCUUUAGCUUCAACUACAAGCCGCUCAACCAGUACGGCCAUAUCAAUGAUACUGGAAUGUUUUAUGGGAUUCAGUACUACAAUGACAUGUUGCUGCAAGCAGGGGAUAAUGGGAAUGUGCAAACGGAGAUGUUACUGAAGAAAGAAGGAUCCAAUUUCACUUUCCAGGAAGGAUGGGCUUUUCCCAGGAAAAUUUCAUUCAACGGGGAGGACUGUGUCAUGCCGCCACCAGACAACUAUCCCGGCGUCCCAAGCACUGCUCAUCUUGGCGCACCCCCAGCAGCAUUUAGCAUCACAUGCACAUCAUUCAUGUCCCUGUUACUGCUACUUGUGGCAUAUGUUCCUAACUAGUUAUUGUAGCAUAAUAAUCUUUUUUUUUAUUUUUUUUAAGUUCAAUAAGUAAGUUUAGGGUUUCAAGAAACAACUUUGUAGGAAUAGCCAACCCAACCCUUUACCCCCACCCAGUAAUUAGGUUAAGCUCCACUGGGCCAAAUUCAUACUAAC